AUGGCAAACUUCGGUAAAGCUGCAGAUGUCUUGCAGAUGUCUCCCACCUCCAAAGCUCUAGCGCAUGCCUGUGCUGAGGACAGCUCCACGCAGCCUUUAAGAGAAGCUGCACACUCCAGCACCAGCUGCACACUCCAGCACCAGCUGCACACUCCAGCACCAGCUGCACACUCCAGCCACCAGCUGCACACUCCAGCCACCAGCUGCAUACUCCAGCACCAGCAGCACACUCCAGCACCAGCUGCACACUCCAGCCACCAGCUGCACAUUCCAGCCACCAGCUGCACACUCCAGCCACCAGCUGCACACUCCAGCCACCAGCUGCACACUCCAGCCACCAGCUGCAUACUCCAGCCACCAGCUGCACACUCCAGCCACCAGCCAAAGACAAGCCCCCGGACGCUGUCUCUCAAAAGUUCCUCCCGCAUCCGAGUGUACAGCACAAGUUCUCCGCCGAGCCGCGUUGCAGCCGUGCUGGCGCUGCUUGCCUUCGGCUCACUUGCGCAGGCUGGGGGCGGUCGGCAGAUUUUUGGCGAUCCAGGAGACUUAAACGACUUGGGGCACGCCAUCGAUGUUUAUUUAUCCGAACAAAACAUCGACGCUUCAGAAGUGGCCCAUCGUCGGGCCAAGCGCUACCUGAGCUUCCCUCCGAGCUCCACGGCCAAAGUCAAGACUCAGAUAACCGUUCCCCUCUUCGACGAGUAUGACUCAUACGUCAAGGCGACAUUCAAAGGCUUCGCCACGUGGUCGUACAGCCUGCCUACGAACUUUGUGACGCUCGGCAGAUCGCUGUCAGAUGCGCGUGUCGCUGACAGGGACACAUCGCGCGCACGACGCGCGUGCAGCGUAGCUGAAGGUCGUACGCGCGCUUACGCUGCCAUAGAGAACGCCUUCGAAAGCGUGGGGCUGCCGGGCGAGGGCUGCAUGCUGAGGGCUGUGUGCCAGGCUGCGGCUGAGGGUCUGCCUGAGGGCUACGGGCUGCUCGGCGAGAUCACCGCUAUGCUCCUCGCACCACUGCACGACCUGGACAACACGACGAGCGCCGUGCUGGGCAGCUACACGGCGGCCGAGCGUCGGGGUCACGACACUGGCGACUGUGACACCGUGUACAGUGACUGUCCUGUACACCUCACUGACCUCGUACAUUCUGCAGUAACUGUACUUCACGGCCAAUAUUACAGGGGCAAACUGUUGUUCUGAAAAUGAGCAUUGCAUCAUAACUGCCAAUUUGUUCGCAUUAUAGGCCAGUAAUCGCACAACUUUUUCCAUGAUGUCAGUGUUACUGUUAUGAUUAUAGUGGUGUAAUUUCAUAGUAUUACUGGCGUAAUAUCAAUAUUACGCUCAUGAUACCAGUAUUACUGGUAAGUAGUUUAUAUUACUGGUAAGAUAUUAAAAUUACUUGCAUUAGGCAGCAGAAUGUAAGACAUAUUAUUUCGUUCGAUGCUGUUGUUGAGAAUUUUUUUUUUAUUUGCAGUCAUCCACGAAAAGUUUCUUAUAUUUGUUAAUUGGCGGAGGGUUUGUUGUCUUUUGACUCGGGUUUGUUAAUAAUAGAUAUUCGUUAUUGAUUAUUUCUGAUAUUUAUUUACCGUCAACACAUAACUGCUGAUGAUCUGUAACAGGAAGCCAAAAGUUACUUAAAACUGCCCGUUGUUGGUUACAAGUCGCUGCUAUUAUUAUCUGCUUAUCAUUAGGAGGAACUUGUAUCUGCUCUUUAGAGACGUCCAUGAGACGUUAGAGGCUUGGUAUUAUUAUUACUUAUAUGUUUUAGCGCAUUUUUUAUUUUAAGAGAGGUGAUUUUAACUGGGUAUUUUUAUUACUUAUUUGCUACUCUAGGCGUCUUGAAACAGUAACAGUGAGUUGAGUUUACUGUAGUCAGCAAUUAUAUGCUCUGGAUUCAACUGUUGUCUACUAUUUCUACUACGACAAUUAAAGCUCAGUUGUCUGUACUGAAUCCCGAUGACUGAGUGGUCGGGUGAGCUUCUUCUUGAACCGAGUAGGCAGUGAGAGUAGUAGAUUAUGAUUUAACAAACCUAGAUAAUUUUUUCCCCUACCGAGACAUUCUUUUCCUUCAAAGUAUUUUGGAAGUCGGCUAUCGCCUGCGAAACAAUUACAUUUUUAAGACUUUCAGCGCAGAAACAAAUACUCUAAAAUAAUUUUACUAAAUUCAUUAGCUCCUUACACUUUAACAUUCACCAGCUUUUAUUGAAUGGCCGGCGAUAACACGACUGUGAUGCAGGCACUGGGCCAGUGAUGUGGCAUGGCUGAAUUAAGUAGACUUUAACGAGGCGAUAUGUUGUGUUGAGCGGCGUCGUAAUGGCGCCAGUGACGGCGUAUAGCCGUUAAUUGCCGACGCGCGCUUCCCAAGGUUAGAUCCAGGCUAAGUUAUUGCUUGGAAAUAACCCGUUAGGGAAUUCAAUUUAAAUUAGAUUGAUUGCGUUAGACAUUAUAAACGAAUUUUCGAUGGAUACUGGACGAUUGAAAAACUUUUUAUUCCUUAAUAAAUUUUGCCCGAGAUUUGUGUUGGGUAUAUUGUUUCGAAACUCUUGAUUGAUGGCCUUUUUUGGGUCGCCUCCGUCUCCCUUAAGCGCUACAGGAGAUGCUGUCGUUUUCUUAUUUGAAUCAAAGUACCCGUGGCAAUGCA